AGACACAUACGUGCUCAGAGCCAAGUGAAUGGCAGCAGCCAUUGCAAACCAUCUUCUCUUUACCCCAAAUGACAUGAAGCUGGCACACAGCACUGCAGCUCCCAAGUCAAUGUACAGAUUUCAAAUAUGCUUCAGAGGUUACACAUCAUGGCCAACCUACUUCCUCUCAUUGACAUAAUGAGAUCAGAAAAGACUGAUGACAUCACAGCAAUCCCAAUCCCCACCAGGAUCAACCCAUACACCUGAGAGUUAGUAAGAGGAAGGCAGUGAUCAGUGCUUACACAGAGAAGAGGAGGAAAACCCAUCAGCUGAUGAUCUCCUAAGAGAUAUUAGGACAUUUCUCUGACUGCUGGGAAUCCCAAAACAACAGACGGGAUGGCUCGAGACAUGUCAGAUAAAGAAAUAAUGAACAUGGAGCUGGAACAGCUGAAGAAAGAGGUGAACACCACCAGAGUUGCGAUUUCAGCAUCAGCACCAGAAAUCAUUGCUUUUGUUGAGGCAAAGUCUGCAGAGGACCCCCUUAUCAAAGGUGUUCCUGAAGACAAGAACCCAUUCAAGGAGAAGGGUGGCUGUAUUAUUACGUAGCAAUGACUUGACCUUGGAGGCACUAAACGCAUUGUUUUGUAUGGAGUAUCAGUCUUUAAGUGGGGAUUAUGGGAAACUGCAAGUAUUCCACUGUAGUUAUAAAUAUUACAGGGGCUGAAGAGAAAGAAGACCACCCUUGUGUCUAUCAACAUCUUUUGUGAUACGGUGCUAUCUGUCUCUUUUAAUCCAAUAAUUACAUUUACAAUCUAAGCAAAUGGUUUGAUUCGAUAGUGUAUAUUUAUUUUGCUAAUGUUCCCCAAUUUAACAUUAUUUAACAGGAAAGUGUAUCACACAAUUAUGUAUCACACAUGUUAUACUGUAUAGUAAUAAAAUCUGGCAAAUGCUUUUUAUUUUUAUUUAAGAAAGAAUGGGGAUGUGCAAAGGACCAUUAAAAACUGUGUGUUAUUAAGCAUUAUACCAUGGGGCUGUUAAAUGCUUUAUUCUGAUUGGUUGAAAAAUGCUCCAUGGGUGUUGAUUAUUGUAAACUGCACAC